AUGCGGUUAACCGCGUGCCUGCCCACCGCUAUAGUCGGCCUUCUGUAUGCCGGCAAGACGGCUGCCAGCGGUCCCAAAGGAGUAUUCGCUCAUUACAUGGUCGGCACUAUAUUCGAAGACCACAUAAGACAAGAUGUCGACGACGCUGCCGCCAUGGGCCUCGACGGCUUCGUCAUCAACAUGGGAAACCCCCUCGGCCCUGAGACUCGCCCGCUGCUCAGCACCAUGUUCGACUACGCGGCCGCAACCCAUCCCGAUUUCAAGUGCUUCAUCAGCAUGGAUCUCUGGUCGCCCAAGAACCUGUCCGACUUCGACUCAAUACUGACGGAUUUCCUGGGCCACGCCGCCUACUACCGAGGGUCUGAUGGAUAUCCUGUCAUAAGUACCUACGGCAGUGGUACUUUCGGCCAACACGACUGGAGCCAAUGGCGCGAUAAGUGGGCGCACAACAUAUAUUUCAUACCAGACUUCGCCGACCUGAUGGCCCUCCAGGGGUCCGACGGCUGGUGGGACGAGUGGGGCUUCAUGAUUGCCGGUCUGUUCAGCUGGGAGUCGACAUGGCCGAUACGGGGCCAGCAAAGCACACCUGCCCUCGUCGCCGUCGACGAGAAGCCCGAAUGGACGCAGGAAAGAAACAAGGCGUACAUGAUCGGCCUAAGCAUGCUCCAAUACAAAAACUCCUACGGCGCCAACAUCUACCGCGCCGGCGAGGAGAACCUCCCGCUGCGCAUCCAAAACAUCCUCAACAUGCCCGACCAGCCCGAAUUCACCCAGAUCCUCACCUGGAACGACGGGCCCGAGUCCCACUACAUCGGCAACAUCUGGCCCGAGCAGGACAACACGACGCAGAUGCGCGUCUACGCCAACGCCGACGCGCCGCACACGGGGAUCCAGCCGCUCCUCAGCUCCUUCGCGACGGCCUUCAAAGCCAACGCCGCGGCGCACGCCAUGGCGCCCGUCGCCGGCGCCGCCGUCACCGGCGCCCUGUGGUUCAAGCCCAUCCUCGCGGCCGGCACCGCGUGCGCCGACGAAGACGAUGGCGAUUUGCAUCACGAGAAGCCGGCGGGGUACGAGGUCGCGGCGGAUGUGGCGACGUGGGCGGUGGUGGUGGGGGAGGGGGACGGCGGGGCGGGGUGGACGGUGCAUGGGUUCAGUGCGGGGGAGGAGUUGGGGAGCGGGACGGGGCUGGGGGCGGGGUUGAAUUUUGGGAAUUUUACGGGGGUGAAGGUGGGGAGGCAGUGCGUGGAGGUGAGGAGGGCGGAUGGCGGGCUGGUGGCUGUGGCGAAGGGCGGGAGGGAGGUGUCGGCGGAUUGCCCGGAUGGGAUUUACAAUCUCAAUCCGCAGAUUUUGGAGUUGAAGGAGGAUGUGGACGAUGGUGGGUGUGUGGAGGAUGCGAAGAAGUCGUCGGAUGGGGAUGGGGAUGGGGAUGAGGGGGGGAAUGACGAUGACGAUUCGUGGGGCGUCAGGGCUGUUGCGAUUGAUCGAUUCGUCGUGCUUGCUGCGCUUUUGACUUUGUUGUUCUCCGCGACGGGUACUUGGGUUUUGUGCUGA